AUGCGGCUUAUCGUGCUGUUUUUGCUUUCGCUGUUGAUGGUGGCACCAGUGGUUUGUGUAGCAGAUAAUGUUACGGUAAAGGUGUAUUCCCUGUUGUACGACCCCUUUCUUCCUGAUGUCUACAAUAAUGGAGUGAACGCCGGUCUCCACGCCUCGUUCGCAGCGCGCCAGUGGUCCACCGCGUCGAACGUCAACGUUGAGGUUAUCCACCCCUUAUCGUACGAGGUCCCGCCCCCUGAGCUCUUGCAGUCCAUUAUUGAGGAAAACAAGAAUGAAUUCUUUGUGGUUGUUGGGCCGUUGAGCGAUAGUGACACACUGUCUGUUCUUCCUUCUUUGGAGGAAGAGGAUUUGGUUGCCUUCGCUCCUUUUACUGGCUCUGAUGCUGUGCGCGGGUGGAGCGCGAACGCUUACUUUUUGCACGUUUCACCAGCAGCGGAGCUACUGGCCUUGCUUCGAUAUGCAGUUAGUCAGCUCCACCUGUUGCGGAUCGGCUUCAUGUACCUGCAGAACGUCCACUUUGGAGACAGCGAGUAUGAACUGGCCGUGGAGCUAAUGUCUCAGAUGGGGCGCAGUUUGUGCGGCGUUUUUACCUUGGAGAGUUCCUUUGAUGGCGAGGCUGAUGAUGCCGAGUUCACAGCGACAUGGGAGCUAUUUGCGGGGACACACCCGCAGGGUGUGAUGAUUUUUGCACCGCAGGUGUCGGAUGCGAUGAGGUUUUUGAUGAAGUUGGUAACUGACAACCGUACCAACAGUGCAUAUAUUUUGUCACCAACGCCUCAUGUGACCAAUAUAGAAAGUGCUUGGACCUUGGCGGGUGCCACUUCCGGCGUCAAAAUGUUUCCUGGACAAGUUGUGCUUUCAGGUGUGCUCCCCCUUGUGUCGGAUGACGGGUUCCGUGCAACCCGGCGGCUGCGAGCGGAUAUUAAAGCGUACGCGCUUUCCGGAACUGGCGCCGUCGAGUUUGACCCUUUAGCCUUCCAUGGGGACGCCGCAUACGGGGGACAAGUAAUGUUUGGCUGGAUCGUCGGUGAAGUGUUAGCCCAGGCCUUGCAGUGUAGCGAGUUCUUGAAGAGCAGGAUGACAUUCAUGGACUCGCUAUAUAAUCAGCGCCGCUAUGUCAUUGAUGAUAUCGUAAUCGGUGAUUUUGGUGGUGAGUGUGAGCCGUUGGCGGCUGCGUAUGGUGCAACGUGCUAUUGCAAUGAGGGGGGGCGCAUGAUAUACAUGAUGAUCCUUGGCGACGAUUAUCUUCCUCGUCCUGCGGCUGACGGAUUGAUCACAUUUGAUGCAUGUGACGAAUCCGGGGUUCAGAUGCUCGCUCCGCUUUAUACUUUGCUGUUCUCCAGCGUCAACGACCCAUUCGCACGGUCCGUUAACGGUGCAAUUCACCGCGGAGCCCUCUUUGUAUCCGGUAAUGGUCAUCUAGGUAAAUCUGAACGGUUGUUCAUACACUCUGUACCCUCAACGUCAGGUAAUGUGAUGUCGGACCUGAGAAAGAUGUUGGACACUAGGGCGGUAACGUCUGUGCUUGGUGUUGUGGAUGAUGCGACACUUUCCACGCCUGACGUCGUGUUUAUCGAUCCCAUUACCCUCAACCCAAGACUUCGUCACCCCGGAAGGAACGUAAUCUACCUGUCGCCGACGUUGGAGCAGCAGCUAUUCGUGAUAGCAGGAUAUCUUGCUAGUGAGAAUGCUUCCACCUUGCACGCAGUUAUGCGCGACGAUGCGACACGUUUGAUUGAAACCGUGGUGAACAGAACGUUGCUGUCGUUUAACAGGUCUUUGGAUUCUGUGGUUUCACUGGAUAGAGAUGCGCCGUUAAAUGCUGCACUGCCCACUGAUGGCAGUCUGCUGCUAAUAGGGCUCACCGCCUCAGACGUCGGUGGUAUUGCGGCUCAUCUUUCAGCAAACCGCAACGUCCGUGUGUUUAUACCGUUCUUUGAUGUGGCGUUGUUUUACGAUGACUUCAUUCGCGCGUUCAGAGGCCUCAAAAGUGCUGAACGCCUAAUAUUCGCAACGAAUCUACCGCACUGGGCGGACCAUCGGCCAUCGUCAGAGACUAUCCGGAGAUUUCAUGCAAACAGACCGAAUGCAUCCGACCGGACCCCACUAGCACUUCUGGGCUUUACCUCUGCCAGUUUCCUUGAUGCAGUCGCGCAACACAUAGUAGGGGUGGACCCCCAAAAGGUGCUUACUACAAUUUAUACCCAUUCUGUCAUAUCCGUUGACGACAUGCAGUACGGCGCGUUUGCGGACGAGGACUGUUCCAGGAUUGUUGGCAACCAUACCGACGCGGUGGAUGGCUGUCUUGUGAACUAUGGUGCGACGCACAUCUCCCUGUGGCCACUCGCCCGCGCGCUGAAUGCGGCCGUACCACCCCUAACAAAGCCUGAGACGCCGUCGAUGCACUACCAUAACCUUGAAGAGGAUGACCAUCCGAAGUCGGUACUGGCGGGUUUAGUUGCAGGUGUCCUCAGCGUUGUGGUGAUGCUUGCGGUGUUACUGUUGGUUCUUUUCCAACUGCGAGGUGGUGCGCGCGAUAACGUCAAUGCACCGAAGGAGCUGACGGGCCCAGUUACGCUGAUAUUCACAGAUAUCGAAAGCAGUACCGCACAGUGGGCAGCGCACCCAGAGAUGAUGCCCGAUGCCGUCGCGACACAUCACCGUCUGAUUCGUGCGUUGAUUAUGCACUACAGGUGCUACGAGGUCAAGACGGUCGGGGACUCAUUUAUGAUUGCAUGCCACAACCCAUUCAACGCUUGCCAGCUCGCGUGCUGCCUGCAGCGGUGCUUCCUGCAACAUACCUGGGGAACUGCUGCAUUUGACGAAUCCUACCGCCAAAUUGAAUGUCAGCGGGCCCUUGAGAAUGAGGAAUACGCCCCACCCACUGGGUACCUCGAGUUGAGUGUAUACCAGAAACUCUGGUGUGGGCUGCGUGUGCGCGUUGGGAUACACACCGGUCUUUGCGAUAUUCGGUGUGACGAAGUGACUAAAGGAUACGAUUACUACGGCCGGACAUCGAUCAUAGCCGCCCAAACAGAGAGCAUUGCGAACGGUGGGCAGGUACUGCUAACGCAUGCAACUUAUAUGUCUUUAAAGACGGCGGAGCGUGAGCAACUUAAUGUGACGUCGCUCGGUCCCGUUCCGUUGUGUGGUGUGCCAGAGCCUGUGGUAAUGUACCAGUUGGAGGCUGUUCCGGGACGCGCCUUCGCAGAACUACGGAUUGGACAUGAUUCUGGCGCUGCUGGUGCUUGCGGCACUGCCAGUGAGACAGGUUCAUUGGUUGUCGAGCUAAGCGAUGAAGCGCAGGUUGUUGCCACAUCAUUGGAGAGUGUGCUUAGCACCUUCGCACCCGCACAGCGGCGGAAGGCACUGAUGACUUUCUGCGAGCGAUGGCGUGUUUCGUUACCGCGGAAUGCAAAGGAGGUGUGGGAUGACGCCUUCUGCUGCGAUGUCAUACGUGUCAUUGCAGCGAAGGCUUGCCGUAUUGCCGAAUAUGAACCGAGGAGUACCAGCAAUAGUGUAACUCAGACUCCGGGGCAUUCUUUUGCCUUGCCAUCUCGUGUGUUUGGGAGUGUGUCGCUCGGUUCGCAGCUUCCCUUAGCACCGCCUCGCGUGUGUGAUGCCGUAAACGAGGCGCCGUGCCCGGACGCAACCUCUUCUAGCAACUGUGACAAUUCGUCAGAGUCGUACGUCAUAGUUGUCGAGUUCCCUGAGGGAUUCGGGGAGAAUACGUCAAGGAAUGGGGAGUGA